AUGUCAGUAAUGGGCUCCCCUAUGGUGUCUCCUGAGGAUGUCCUGGAAUCACUGAUGAAUGAUGGGACAGUUGAUUCUAUCAGGUUGAAGAUAAUCAAUCAACUGAAGGCUAACGUAAGUCUUGCCUUUCAAGAUUUGGGCCCACUUAUAAAUCAGGCAUGCGGUACAGUUCGUUCCGGUUUUUGCAUGCAGAUUGUUAGUACAAUAUGAUUUUACAGCGACUGUGGAUUGUAAUCAUGUUUUCCAUUUUUUGCUUUGGUUUGCUCUUUACCUGCAGCUCGUUCAUCAAGCCUUAUUUCUUUAAAUGGUUUUGUGCUGACUUAGACUAGGUUAUGUUUACAGAAAUAGCCUGUGCUUUAACUUUGAAUCUAUGAGAUUAUUCUUGACAUGCCUGCGACCCGGUAUGGCUACAACUGAACCUACUAUGUCAUUGGACCAUAAUUAUAGGAUGAAAACUCACUAGGAAAUCAUCAUUGGGAGCAGAGACUAGCAGAUUCAAGUUACGAUCUAUCCAUAGAUAAUGUCCAAUACAUAUACCGAUCAGUGGUAAAAUAUUUGGCCCAUGUACAUUGGUAGGGUAUUUUUUAUUUGAUUCUAGGAGUAAAUCUUUCUCUAUUCUGGCAGUGGAAUAAUACAGUCGCUCCACCCUUCUGGGAACUCUGGAGAUAUUCUAGACAAUCUUUCAGCAUUCAGAUUUUUAGCAAUAGCUGAAAUCCCAUAGUUCUAUUUUGGAGUCCUGCCGAAUUUGAAUCGGUGGCGGAAAGGCCUCAGAUAGGGCAUUUGGACUCCAACUCCAGUUUUUGGAACAUCAUCCAUUGAGUCCUGGGCCUAUACUUUCUUCUCACGAUGAGGAUUUAUCUUCUGAUAUUCUGCAUCAGAUAUUGGGCAUGGCAUAGACUCUUUAGCGAUCUUAAAAAUUCGGAUGGCAUUUUGCUCGCUGGAAAGCUUUUAAAUUUUCCUUCAUCAUUUAUUGUCCAUUAAACAAACAUUCGGUCUAUAUCAUAUACUACACUGCAUCGGAGGAUUGUUGUCAGGGAAUGGUCGGAUGGUAGGUUUGGGUCUGUCCUCGGAAGACAUGCUAGAUCUUGAAGACCAGGUCUGGCUUGCCCGCAUAUCUGAUUUAUUACACGGAUAAUUAGGGAACCCAGUUAGAAUUCAGAAGAAUAUCACAAAAUAUGCAUUCUUUUGGGUUUUGUCUUUUUUUAGAAUUCGUCUCCAAGUGAAAAUCAUAUGAAAUCUCGGCCAAUUUGCUGAAUUUUGGUGAAAACUUGAUUGGCAAACCGCGUCACCGUUGCAGUGGGUUCUAAUCCCGUAUUCUCAUUUCUCUCCUGGGUGGUGCAGGAAGAGCUCAAGAACUAUACAAUCUCAAUGGUCGAGCGGAGUAAAGUGCUUAACACCCCUGGUGCAGAGAAACAGACCAAGCGCGAGCUGUUCGAUGCGCUCCGGCAGGAACUAGAGUAAGCAGCUUAAUGACACUUAUUUCUCUCAAACUUGCAUUAACUCGGAAUUAAACUUGGUUUUCGUCGAAGGUCUAAUUUCUUAAAGAGGAAGCUACCAUUUUGGGCUGGGUCUUAACUCUGCUGGCUAGCAAUUUGCAGAACUUCAGUGCUUGAGAAAGCCUCGAGAGCUGUCUGGGAGUUGAUCCUUGACGACAAAAACUUGGGGAAAGAGAUCAGCGACACUGUGGAGAGAGUGUAUAAGAAGCUGAGCGGCUGCGAGCAGACAGUUCUUCCCACCCCCAGCAGCCAUCCUCCUCCGACUGAGAGGGGAGGGGGCGAAAAGGAGUAUGCGAAGGAGAAAGAGGCUCUGGAUUCCUCGGGAAAGAAGGGAUCUCAGGUGGAGGCUGGCGGGCCAGGGAGAGAGGGCGAAAGAGAGCUGCCUAUGGAUGUAGACGCCUCAACCUCAAGGAGGAAGCGAAGCUUCAGUGAGAUGAGCUCGCAGUCCAUGGAUGUAGACUCUGUCGAAGCCUUCUCCUCUGGACCUUAA